AUGUCUUCGUCUUCCGACCCUACGGGCCGCGCUAGUCCGCGAUCACAACUCGUCGGUUAUCAGAGCGAUCACGCCACGCCUGCUGAACCUGGCCCAGACAAUACUUCAGCGAUGACGACCGCUUUCGAAGAGGGAUCAGGCACACGUGAAGCGCCUUGUGAGCUCAGCCCUCUGUGGCCAAGCUUCUGGGUGCGGGAACAAACAAGCAGUCGAGCACAUUGGAGCGAAGGUUUCCGUUUCGAUGACGAGCUUCCAACGGUGCAGGCGGAUAUCUCCUCAGGAUCCACAGAACCAAUCAAUACAACCGAUGCAGAGUCUCUUCUCGCUAAAAGCGGAGUGUCGGUGGCAACAGCCAGCCAGAUCUUGCAGUACAUACUGGGAUGCGAGUGUAUGUCGCCUAGGGAGAGCAACCGAAGAGCUCGCGGGGAUGGUUGGGUACGAACAGCGGAUUUGCACUACGCGCCGAAGCUGGCAAUGCCUUGGGCUGGACCUCGCACGCUCGCUCACGAGGGGCGACCGGACGACUUCAACCUGAGGUGGGCAGCAGAGUCACUUUGCUUAUGGAGCAAGAUCGUCCAGAAGGGCCACGGCCCGACAUACGAUCUGAGCAUCAAAGAGGCUGUCCGCUUUGCCGCUAACGCUGUCCGAGCCAGACCAGACGACGCGGAGGUGAGUGCAGCCCAGCUCUUUGAUUAGACGUCUUCUGAAGCAAUAUGCUCAUCCUAUCUCCGUGCUCGCAGUGCCUGAAACAGCUUAUGCGUGCCCUCCUUGGCGCACAGGAUCCUCUCGAGUCUCGACACCAUCUAGCGCAGGAUGAAGACGCAGCACUGGCCGGCGAGGACAGCACGGUGUCAGCUUUGCUGCUCGCUUUUACGCCAGUAUUUUAG